AUGGCACCACCGGAGUGGACACGUAUCUUCCAGAAUGAAGCAAAAGAUCUCGAGCAAGGAGACAUCUGGUGUCUGGAGUUUGAUUACUCCAUUGAGCCGGAGAACCCAGAGCAAGGAUGGAAGGAAUACAUCAGGAACACAAGUGCAUGGUUUACAUGCACCCAGUGUAGAAGACGCUGGCCUUCCAACCAGGUGAAGGUGUUUUUCCACAUGCGCCUGAUGGACAGACAGGGUCUUGUCAAGAUGAGGCCACUCCGUCAAAACUGCAAGAGAUGCGACAAUGCCCCGAUGGAGGAGCCCAGCAUCACUUCCGAUAACAUUGUCAUCCUCCUGAAGAAUCUGGUGAAGAAGAUAAGAAUAAAGUGCUACAAUGAAAAGCCGGAAAACGACAACAGAUAUUUUCAGAGCUAUGAGGUCAAAAGUCCCCAUGAGCCAAAGCAUUGUGAGGGCUGUAUUAAAGGUGUGUGUACAAGAGAGUUUCCUCAAUCUGCACCAACCUUUUUUUGAUCCACCAAAAAUAUGUCUCAGAUUGACUACCAUGUUUUUUUUUUGGAUGUUUUGGGUUUUUAUCAGUUUCGUGAUCAGUAUUGAAGUCAUAUUAUAAAAA